AUGAAUGCUAAGGUUGAGGAUUGUAUUCACCACAGAAGGAAGAACCAUCGGGUUGUGAUUCUUAAUAGGAUUGAGGUGGAGAUCGAGAAGUUUAAAGAGAAUAGGAAUGUUGAAGAAGAUGAUAUAUAUCUAUGGAGGAGUGGAAAUGACAAAUACAGAAGGAAGUUCUUAACAACAGAAACUUGGCAGGUUAUCCGAAAAAAACACCAAGUAUAUGAUUGGCAUAAGGCUAUCUGGUUUAAAAAUGCGACGCCUAAAUAUGCUUUUGUGACCUGGGUUGCUAUGAGAGACAGGCUUUCAACCGGGAGUAGAAUGGUGCAAUGGAAUGCAAACGUUGACGCCUCUUGUAUCUUAUGUCAAACUCCUAUGGAGACAGUUGGUCAUCUUUUCUUUGAGUGUCCAUUCUCUGAGCAGAUAUGGAGGAAUCUGGCGAGAGGUGUAAUGAGGGAGAGAUACACAUCAAACUGGUCUGAGAUAGUAAGGGUCUUAAUGGAUGAGAAGCAAGAUAAGCUUCAACUCUUCACUAUCAGAUAUCUAUUCCUAUCGGUUCAUGGAAUUUGGAGGGAAAGAAACAGAAGAAGACAUGGUGAGAAAGCCUCCCCCCCCCCCGAACUCUUAACUAAAUUGUUUGAGAAGACUAUGCGAAACAGAUUUUCAAUAGCUCAGAGGAGGAAGGAUAAGAAGCUUGAGGGUGGGCUUCAAUUCUGGUUCUCAAACAGAUAG